CAUUCCCAGAAUCUGGCAAUGACCCUCGUCCUGCACACCUUUCGUCCUCCGUGGAUGGGAUUCCGCGGCCGGGUAGCGGAAGGUUGGGUAGGCAGCCUGGUCUGCGGCAAGAGGGAGAGGGUCUGCAGAAAUCGGGCAGGGGAGCUGGUGAGCAAGCUGCUGCACUUGCAUUUUAAAGACGACAAGACCAAAGUCAGCGGGGACGCGCUGCAGCUCAUGGCCGAGCUGCUCAAGAUCUUCGUUGUGGAAGCGGCCAUCCGCAGCGUCCGGCAGGCCCAGGCAGAGGACCUGGCCCAAGUGGACGUGGAACAGCUGGAGAAGGUGCUGCCUCAGCUGCUUCUGGACUUCUAGGGGUUUCCACCCUCACUGUGGCCACCGCUCCACGUCACGGCCUCUGGCUUCAGACAGGACAGGAGCUGCUGAUCCCCCAAGGUUCUCCUCCAGCUCCCAGGAUUGGCUGGGUGCCAGCAAAGCACCACUCUCUUCCCCCUGUCGUCCCCUCUGCCUGCUGAUGGCCGGGAUGCAGCACAUAGAAGGGUCACUGACAGGAUGAGGGUCCUGGCACCUGGGUUGGUGCCCUCCCCUCACGCCCCCCGCCCUCAGGACAGCCGAGCACCCACCGAUGUGGGAGAAGCACUCGGUCACCGGGAAGCAGGUGCGGGAGACCCGCCUGCCUGAGCAGGUAGCCUGUGUGUCCUCCACAAACAAGCAGAACAGUGUGGUUCUGCCACCGACAUCAAAGCUUGUGUGUCACCUUCUAGCCAUCUGAUAUUCCCCUCAAAAGAUGCUUGCCUGAGCUGUAUAUUUGUUCUCACAAAGCAAUGUCAGUAAAUCAGAGCCACCUCCCCAG